GUUGAAAAUUCUACCAUGGGCUAGGCCUCCUUUAAUGAAACCAAGAACUCCAUGAGUUCAUGUCAGCAGUGGUCGGGGAUAUAGCAAGCUUUGCUGUUCAGAGGUAAGAGGAAGAAGAAGAAUGAGGGAAGUGAAGAAGGCUUUGAGUUUCAUCUUGACAGUAGAAUUUUGGAGGAUGGGAAUCUUUUGGACACUCUCUCUUGUCAUGUCUUACUUCCAGUUGUUCUGGCAAAGGGUUUUUACUAAAAAGCCUAAUGCUUAUCCUCGUUGCCCGCCGCAAAGAAUUGGGACUAAGAAACCCAUUUGCGUGAUUACUGGUGCUACGUCUGGUAUUGGAGCGGCAGCAGCUUAUGAUCUUUCAAAGGAGGGGUUUUAUGUUGUUCUUGUUGGAAGGUCAUCCCAAUUGCUAUCUAAGAUGAUAGAAUGGAUACACAAAAAAAAUAAGGAUGCCUGUGUAGAAGCUUUUGAGGUUGACCUAUCAUCUUUCCAGUCAAUCUUGAAGUUUAAAGACUCACUUGAGAAGUGGCUAUUAGAUUCAGAUAUGCAUGUUUCUGUCCAACUCUUGAUAAACAAUGCUGGGAUACUGGCAGCUUCACAUCGUCUCACAGAAGAAGGCUAUGACCAGAUGAUGGGUACAAAUUACAUUGGUGCCUUCUCUUUGACCAAACUUCUCCUACCGCUUCUCAAAAACAGUCCUAUUGGCUCACGGAUAGUAAAUGUCACCUCCUUUACACAUCGAAAUCUAUUUAAUGUACAGAUUGACAAAGAAACUGUUGUUGGGAAGUGCCUCUCGAAAUCAAAACAGUAUCCAUUUUCUCAUAUCUAUGAGUUCUCCAAGUUAUGUCUCCUGAUGUUCUCAUAUGAGCUUCACCGGCAACUUCACUCGACAGAUGAAUCUUGCAAAGUCUCUGUCAUUGCAGCCGAUCCUGGAGUAGUGGAAACCAAUAUCAUGCGAGAACUCCCUUCUUAUAUUUCCCAUAUGACAUUUAUAGCGCUCGACCUUCUGGGCCUUUUGCAGUCACCUGAAGAGGGGGCUAGCUCUGUUAUUGAUGCUGCUCUUGCUCCACCACAAACUUGUCGUUUUGUUCAUCUCAGGAAAUAUCUGGAGUGUACUUUUUUGGUGGAAAGGGCAGGACUCUGAACUCUUCCGCACUUUCACGCAAUAUCAGACUUGCAGAGAAGCUUUGGAGAUCUUCAAGCGACCUCUUUUUAGAGUCAAAACUCGCUUCUGCUAGAACAUACACUUAAUGAAUUGUAAGUCAGAGGGACACACUAUCAUGAACAAAGGAAAAGAUACAAGUGUUUAUGCAAAAAGGGUUUUUAUUUUUCUGCAUAA